AUGAAUGACUUUCUGGAGAGCCCCUGCCCAGGAUCCAAGUCCAGCUCUCGCCAUGGCCUGUAUGGCAGCCUGACAAACGUGUGGGAAGAUGAUACACUCGAUACCCUCGAAUAUACUGCUGCUAUCAACUUUCCACCACAACCGCGAACCACAUCACUGGCCAAAGCGAAGCCGCGACGACUUCCAAAAACGACAUCUUUCUCGAUUCAAGAAGACGGCAAAUCGAACACGACUAGCGGUACCACGAUAUCAACAAGGCAAACUGGGCUGAAACGGAAGCCACAGGAUAGAAGUUCAUCGAAUCUCGCUCAACCGGCCCAACGUUUCCAGCGACCGCGCAUUAGUUCGUCAGAAGUACAAAAUAAUGCUUCUCUGCAAGCUAAACGAGUGAUUGAUACAAGCACGAAGCCGGAUGUUUUGGAAGAGAACCUACAACCAGAUAAUAUGGCACUCCGGAAUUACAAGUCCUCCGCAAGCGAUAGCUUGAAGAAGGACGUUCGACGCCGUACGGUGUACAUUCCGACGGAAGACACGACUGUGCCAACUGUUUUUAUGAGUCUGUUCAGCCCAGUCAAAUCGGCGGACGCAAACAUCAUCGGAUCGAGUUCGAUAGAUGAGACAGUACCUCUGUACAGCUUGGAGGCACGUAUUGCGGCGAAGAAACAAUCGCGAAAGUCUACAAUGGAAAAGCCUGGACGGACACCGCUGCAAUCCAGCAGAAAAGUUACUCAACAAAGUACAACAGUCAGGGAUGUCAUGGGAAAGAACGGAGGAAAGGAGAACAUUCCGCCGGGUUGCUUCAAGGACAAGAGCAAGGAACUUCAAGUUAAAGAAUUGAUUUCCCGAUCAGAUGCAAAAUUAAGGGAACCUUUGAAGAUGAAAUCGAAAGCUUUGCAGAACAUCAAAGCGAAUACUGCUCAGUCAAAACGCAAAGAGCCAGUUCUCAAGCCUAUGGGCCAAAAAUCGUCAGCGGUUCUGUUAGUAGAGACCAAAUCAAAGGUCGCUGUCUCUUCUUCGUCUAAAAAAUCCGACAUCGGACGUACCAGUAUCAAAAAUCGUUCCGUCCUUGAAUCACGGCUCUCGAAGGAAUCGCUGGUGACAGAAACUCGUUCAAUUCGACCUCCCCAGCUUGGUCUGCCCCAGAUUCACCCUAUGAACAUUGAUCAACAAUAUCCUGUUCUCAAUAACGACAUCUUAAAUCCAGCGAUGUACGAAGACGACUGGCUUUCGCAUCAAGAAGUCAUCAUAACCCAACUCGUAAAUGGCCUAUUCGACUCUGUUGGGGGAAAGCUGCACCCACAGGACCCGGAAUCACUUCGACAUGAGCUUCUUCACAUCUAUCAAAGCGACGCGUUCCUUUUACUUUAUAGGCGUCUCCAAGCUUCGAUACUUUAUGGUUCUUUGGCGCCGUCCAAGGACAUAUUAGACCGGGGCAGUCGUCUUCCCCAUGAUCUGGGCAUGAAAAGGUCAUUCUUAGAUUUCUGGUCCGAGACUUACGACUUGGACGCUUUGAAGGCGGCAGCAGAAAUUGUAGUCGGACGGCAACUAACUCAUCAGUCAGUCCGAAUAAGUAGUGGACCACAAGCCCCAUCACUGAAGCAGCAAAAAGCAUUGAAACGCGCAAUAGAGGCAUUCUUGGAUAUAUUCCUUAUCCGAAAUAUGGACAAGGAGGAGCAUGGAGAUACUCGAGAGGAUGACGUCGGAGGUCCUUACCAACGUACCAUUCUCCGGAGCAUUAUGAUGAUAAUCCUUCUAGACAGGGCCCGAAUGAAACCAGGAAACUCAUUACCGCGGAGGUUGUUCAUCGACUCCUCUACGCACAAAUCUUCAUCGGCGGCAUUGCAGGCACUGGCUAACUUGUUGCUCCCUUCAAUGGGAGAUAUCAAUCGACAAGUCAAUCAUUUGAACUGCAAUUUACUCUACAAACAACAUCAAUUGCAGGAUUACGACUUUCACAUCCAGAAUCUAGCUGUGGAUUUGCGUGAUGGAAUUCUUUUGACGAGGCUCGUCGAGAUUCUGUCAUAUCAAAUGUCCUCACCUUCUCAUAGAGGAAGAAAGAGCUCAGACACUACGAUCAUAGAUGAAACAUUAUUGUUAGGGAAUGGAACCACAGAGUGGCCACUCUCUCAGACUCUAAAGGUUCCCUGUAUCAGCAGAGCGGCAAAGGUUUUCAACGUUCAAAUAGCGCUUGACGCUCUUAAGGGGGUUGUUGGCACCGACGCGAUGGUGAAAGACAUCAACGCGGAGCAUAUAGUCGACGGAUACCGCGAGAAGACAAUGGCCUUGCUGUGGGUAUUGGUUGGAAAAUGGGGCUUGGGAGGUAUGCUAGACUGGAACGAUGUGAGGAGUGAAAUUGUGCGUCUGCAAAAGAAGCUUGUUCUUGGCCAAGACCAUCAAAGCUGCAAUGUGAUCAAAAUGUACGACCUUGAGCUUGUAUCACAUGAGGACUUGCUUAUCGAAUGGGCUUCGAGUCUCGCGCGGCUGAAAGGAUUGCAGCUUGGCAACCUCACGACUAGCUUUGCGGAUGGCAAAAUAUUUGAAAGCAUUGUGGAUGAGUAUGAAGUCUAUUUUCUGAAAGGAACGGAGUCUUCAAAAAAACAGCCUGGAGCCCAGCAAGGAUUGCAAUCACGCCUGCAAGCCCUGGGCUGUAGUUCUCAGUUUGCAUCUCUUGUGGCCGGAUCGACUUCCGCAUCUCGCAUAUUUGAUCGAGAUUUCGUGCUAGGGGCUCUGACGUUCCUAUGUUCUCGGCUCCUGUCGUCAACGAAACGUAUUCGUGCGGCUAGUGUCAUCCAGAAAGCAUGGCGGCGUAUGACAGCCGAGAAAGAUACAAGGCGUCGUGUGCUCGCCAAAGAGAUUGCCGAGCAGUGUGCAGUUGUUGCUUGCGCGCGUGACCGUCUGCUAUGGGCAAAGCGCGUUAUUGUCAAAUGGUGGAGAGAGCAAAAAUUAAAGAAAACCAAACAUAUUGCUACCAAGAGCAAAAAGUCGACCAAAUCAAAAUCAACUCGCCGAAUGAGGCUCUAA